AUGCCUAAGUUCGUAAGGCGUCAACCGCUCAUUGAGCGCAUCAAAGCCUACCUCAAUCCCUACGACUUUCUCCUCUGGCUCUCUGAAGAGCUCGAAUCAAAUGGCUGGGACCAACUUGAAAAAGAGUGGGCGAUGCCCGUCGGUAUCGGAUUGAAUUUGGUGUUCCUCGUGGCUCGUGCAAACUCAAAGACUGCAUCGCGAGGCUAUGAUGAUGUUUUUGGGGAUGUUCCCGGCGUGGCAUGGACAACGUGGCUAGCCGCCUUCAUCGUUCAUUUCUUGACCUUGGUAUGCCUCGUCAAUGCUGUGUACACGUUUGGACGACGGAAACAUUACCGUUUAUUCGAAAACUCAGUCGACACUGUCCCCAGUACACCGUCCGCGAAACGAGUCCGAGUCGAUUCCUCUCCCGUAUCCUCCUCUCCUUUACGAUUCUUUUCCAGCAUUCUCGGAACCGAUACUGCCCAAUCAAGAGCACAUCCUGAUCCCACAAGAGAUGUUUGGGAGGUUGCAGUCUGGGAUCCUUUACCUAUCUCACUCCGCCUAUUCUGUUACUUCAGUCCUGGACAUGUCCUAAUUUACUGGCUCUUUUUCCCCACACUGUCUUCAGAUCCUCGACCCAGUGUCACGAUUGUGACCGCUUUAUUCCUGGCGCUGAUUCUCUCUCUGCAACUCACUUUCCUCCAAUCAAGAUAUUCGACACAAAGCAAAGACACGGCAUUCAUUUCAAAAGAAGUCUUGCAUGAGUACGAUACCAAAUAUGUCAGACCAAGGACACAGCCACUGUAUAGGGAUGUGGGUACACAAUUUAGUGAACAUGCUUCCUACUCUUCUGCUCGUGACGAACAGUACAACAAGGUUGAAGUUUACACACCAAUGGUAGUCAUUAACCGUGGCUUCAAAACAAACCCGAAUCCAAAUUAUUCCCAAUAUACCGACCCGGAUGGUGUGGCAGCAGGCUCCAACAACCUACGGCAGCGCUUGACCACCCCGGAUUUCCGAUCCCCUCCACCAAACCACCAGCCUGCCGUGGGAAUGAGACCAUUGGCCGCUAUUCGCCAACCAAAUUUUCGACCGACUUCUUCUGGUGGUGAUGGUGGUAGCCUGGGUGUUUAUUCUCAUGCUGCAUCUCCUCUGAGGAAGAGUGCAUCCGCCAACUUCCGACGAGAUCGCGCGACUCUGAGUCCCGAAAAGAGCUCGACAAGUCCAGAUAAAAGAAUGAGUGUCCCUGCAGGGAGCAUCCACCCUCUUGCCGCACCUCAAAGAUGGGAUCCCUUGAGACCUGAUAGACACCGAAGGGAGAGCGGUCGUUUCUAG